AUGUCGCAAAUCUUUACUGAGGAAGAGACAAAUGCCCGUCAUGCUGUAUCGCCCUUGUUUGUACAAGAAGGAAAAGAAAUUGCAUCAGUUGAGGGGACAACUCAAGGCGACCCGAUAUCGAUGCAUAUGCCUCUAUACGCGGUUUCAAUUACUCUUCUACUUCAAAAGAUCAAUGUGGCCCACGAAGUAAGACACGUUGCCUUUGCAAACGACCUCAGUUGUGCUGUCAGACUUGUUCAAUUGCGUUUGUGCUGGGAUAACAUCGUCACCCACUGUUCUCCUCCGGGUUACUACCCGCGAGCAGACAAAUCCUGGCUGAGCUAGGCUGAUAGGCAAAGCUGGUCUCCUAGUCGCAGCUGAAGAAAUUAUCGCUGAAACACAUCGAUGUGCGCUUAUCCACAGACGGCCACAAGUACCUUGGUGGUCACAUAGAUUCUGAGCAAGGAAAGAAUGAGUACGUAUUACGAUCCCUUCUCCAAAGGUGGUCCAACCUACUCCGUGUACUGAGUGACAUUGCGAAGUGUGAGCCUCAAGCAGCCUACAAUGCCUUCUUGUUUGGAUUCCGUCACAGAUUUACCUACCAUAUCCGCACGAUUCCAGAUAUUCAACAUCAACUGCAGUCUGCAGAUUAUUGACAACAUAUUCGACACUGAACUACUUCCUGCUCUCACGGCCGGCCGAAAUUUUUCCUUGCAAGAUCGUAAGCUACUUGAGUUGCCAACAUGCCUGGGACGUCUUGGCAUACUCAUUCUCUCGGAUAUGUGUGCAAUGGAGUUUGAGAUUCCAAAACGAUAUGUCAGGGCCUUACAGAGGAAAUCGUCGAGCAGAAUAAAGUCAGAGAAGACAGACCUGCCGAGCCAGUCCAGAGAAUACGUCGUCGUGUGGCUAACGAGAGGAAAAAGAGACACAAGGUCCAGCUCGCACUUCUGCGAUCGACCAUGUCAGCAGAACAGAUUCGCAUCAAUUACCUUGCUCAGUUGAAAAGUUCUUCAAUUUGGCUGACAGCUCUUCCACUUGCAGACGAGGAAUAUGUCAUCCAUAAGCUGGAAUUCUUUGAAGCAAUCUACCUUUGCUGUAGGUGGGAGUUGAAACUGCUAGCGACUCACAGUGCCUGUUGA